GAGGAGAGCGGGGUGAGUAACCUAAUUCGAAUUCCCAGAAUAUUUCCCACCAAAAGUCCGAUUUCCCUCAUUCGAGUAUCCAUUUCACUUCCCCAGUUCACGAAACCAACCUAGCAAUGGCGCAGAAGGAAGCUGGUUCGUCUCUUGAUACUCUGAUAUUGCGUUUCAAUGCCAAAAUCACCGAGCUUCAGGAUCUCGUAGUCGCCCGAAACAUGUACCCAGCGAGUAGCGUCACUGAUCUGUCAGCAGUUGACACAGCGCUGAAAGCUAUGGAGCUUCAGGUUCACGCAAUCAAGGGCCGGCUGCGAGAGGAAACAGAUGCCAUCCCUAAAGCUAAGAAGCUCAUCGAUGCAUCACUGCGGCAGCAGAAGAAGCUGCAGGGUAUGUCAGCCUAUGUGCCGGUGUAUCUGCCUGAAAGACCAACCAUGUCUAAUUUGGAAUGUGAACGAGGCGCGUCGCGGGAAACUUCUGAUCAACCGACCAGUUACCGGUCUGUGAUAGUUGAGGAGGAGCCUGCAGCGUUACCCAGGGAGAAAAAGGGUCGUGGAUCUCCACCUUUGUGGUAUAUAACUUCCGAAGAGCUCGAUUCAUUAAGCUCAUACAUGAGAGGAAGACUCACUCUAGAUAAGAUCAAUGCAGCUGUCAAUGAUAUUGCAGCUUACGCUGAAGCUAAUGUCCAACUUCUUGCAGCUCCAAAAAAGAAGAUAUCAGAAAAUCUAUGGGAAAAAGCUUUGGAGCUGAGGGAUAUUGCAAUGACUGACGCUGCCAAGGGGAAACACUUCUUUCUUGAAACUGACGUGAAGGGACCAAACCUGAAGCUUGACAACAGUGGAAAAGCAAUCUUGACUAUUCUACGCCACCUUGGACGCAUCACGGAAACUCGUAUUGGUCAUCAUCGGGUGAUCAUUCUCUUGAAGAAGCCGUAGUGAGCGGGCAGCUUAAAACAUUGGCAAGCUUAAAACUUGAGAGAAGCUUAGAGAUAAGGAGGUAAGUUUGGAUGUAUGGCAACCAUCUGUGUGCAUUGAAUGAAGCUUAGCGAACCCAAAAUGAGUGGAUCUCAGGCUACUUCGAUUCCUAUGAAGACCAUGAAGAUGAUCAGUCGGAUUGCAAUUUACUGGUAUGAUAUUGAGAAACCAUGAUUCUCACUUGUCAGUGUAGGUAGAUAGAUUCUCUGCUUGUAGCUGCCAAAACAAGUGAAGGGGGUGAUAGUUGAUACUAUUGGCUUGAAGUUGCUUACACUUGUAUGGUAUCUCCCAAAAUUCUAGAC